UCUGCCAAAUUCUACCUGUAACUGGCUUCAUUCUUCAAAUCAGAUGUUUGCCUGCCCUAUCCCCUGCAACAAGGAGCCAUGCCAGCUGGACACACACUUCUUCCGGGGUCCCUGGCAGCCAGGACAGAGUUGAGACCACAGCCGUUGAGACUCUGAGUCCUGGGUUUGUGUUGCUCAAGGAAGGCCUCCCAAGCAAUGACCUCUUCAUUACUCCUGGCCUUCCUGUUCCUGGCUCCAGUCACAGUGGCCACUCCCAGAGCUGGUGGUCAGUGUCCAGCAUGUGGGGGGCCUGCCUUGGACCUGGAGAGCCGGAGGGAGCUGCUUCUCGACCUGGCCAAAAGAAGCAUCUUGGACAAGCUGCACCUCAGCCAGCGCCCAACACUGAGCCGGCCUGUGUCCAGAACUGCUCUGAGGACUGCACUGCAGCACCUCCAUGGGCCCCCACAGGAAGCACUUCCGGAGGAUAACAGGGGACAAGAAUGUGAAAUCAUCAGCUUUGCCAAGACAGGCCUCUCCAACAUCAACCAGACUCGUCUUGAUUUUCACUUCUCUGAUACAACUGCUGGUGGCAUGGAGGUUCAGCAGGCCAGCCUCAUGUUCUUUGUGCAGCUCCCUCUCAAUACCACCUGGACUUUGAAAGUGAGAGUCCUUGUGUUAGGCCCACAUGACUCCAACCUCACCUUGGCUACUCAGCACUUACUGGAGGUGGAUGCCAGUGGCUGGCACCAGCUCCUCCUGGGGCCUGAAGCUCAGGCUGCCUACAGCCAGGGGCAUCUGACCCUGGAGCUGGUACCUGAAGGCCAGGUAGCCCAGAGCCCAGUCAUCUUGGCUGGGGCUGCCCAUAGGCCUUUUGUAACCGUCCAGGUGAGAGUUGGAGGCAAGCACCGGGUUCGACGACGAGGCAUCGACUGCCAGGGAGGGUCCAGAAUGUGCUGUCGACAAGAGUUCUUUGUGGACUUCCGUGAGAUUGGCUGGCAUGACUGGAUUAUACAGCCUGAGGGCUAUGCAAUGAACUUCUGCACAGGGCAGUGCCCGCUCCAUGUGGCAGGCAUGCCUGGUAUUGCUGCCUCCUUUCAUACCUCGGUGCUCAAUCUGCUCAAGGCCAACAUAGCUGCAGGCACCGCUGGAGGGGGCUCAUGCUGUGUGCCCACAGCCCGGCGCCCCCUGUCUCUGCUGUACUAUGACAGGGACAGCAACAUUGUCAAGACCGACAUACCUGACAUGGUGGUAGAUGCCUGUGGGUGCAGUUAGCCUAUGUGUGGUCCAGGCAGCCCAAGGUGGGCAAACACCCUUGGGCAUAAAGGGCAGAAAGAAAUGCCCUUCUUUGAGAGGAGGGACUGACCCCAUUCUCUGUCCAGAAUGUAGAUUCCCUCUUCCUGAGCAAUCUAUAGAAAUUAUCCCACCUUUGACUUGAUGAGAAGUUCAUUUAAGGAGAGUCACUGUACCAUCUUCACGACCACUAGCGUCUCUCCUACGGCAUAGUCCAUCCAGCUAGCUCCACCUGCUCAACCCCCACUCCAGGGACUUGGACCCACCUCCCACCCUGAGCAAUGCCACCUGGUUGCCAGGCAAAGACACCAUUAGCUCACCCUUAAUUAACCCCAUAAUCCACCAUGCCUCCCUGCUCUUUCCACACAAUGGUCCCCACUCUAGGAUGAGUUGACCCAGCCCUUUCCCCUGAUUUUCUGGAUCUCCAGAAAGCCCCUUCUUUGGAUCCACCAAAGAUUAGAUCACUGCUCUCCAAAGUGGGGCUUACCCCGCUCUGAGUCUUGAGGCCCUUUCCUUCUUACUUGCCCAGGUGAGCUAAAAAUGCUCUCUUUGCAUUCUCUCAUUCACUUUCUGUCCUUCUCUUCCUUGCUCUAUGUUCUUAGGGGCCGAAUUACCUGAGCUACAUCACUUGAGCUCCUCUGCCCUCUGGCUUCCUGCUGAGUUUGACCAAGGGAAGACACAGGCGGGAUACCAAAGGAUAGGAGGAGACAGAAGUCAGGGUAUUUCUUAUUCCUGCUUCCUCUCUGCCUAGGUGCCAUAGUUCUGUGUACCUGUGGCUGUGCUGUGUCUAUAUAGCACCUCUCAUUACCUCUUUCAUGGCUCCCCCUCUGCCUAGGUUCUGAUAUCGUUGCUUCAACAUCAGGGGGUCCUAAUGACUUUCCACUUUGCUAGUCUCUGGGGGUUUCAAUAUCCCUUAUGGUUCUCUUAACCCUUCCUACACCUCUGAAUAAUUCUUUCACUAUGUCCUCUUGAUGAGACAAACACAGACAGCUGAGUAGGUCCUUUGUCUACUGCCAGGAUCCUAACUGCCACCCCAGAGGACACAGAGCCUGCCUGCCCUGCCCACUCUGCUUUGUCUUAACAUGGAUUGCUCAGGACUUAGCUCUUGUAUCCGUCUCACACUUCAUGCCUCUUCCUCCCCCAGGCUGCCUCCUCUUCUUUCUUAAGCUCCCCCUUCAUCUUUCCAGAAACGUCUUUGAUGGUCUCAUGGCUAAUAAAGACCUAGAUUUUACCUGCUCCUCUCCUCCCUCUGUACUCACUCCAAAAGAUGAGACAGAUCAAUGCUCAGCCAUUAAGUAAGCCAACAAUCUGUGGUCACAUAAGUGGUGGGAGGCAGAGGCAUGCUCAGAGCUGGCUACCAGCACCUCUGACUUGCCUGCUUUUCACCCACCCCCAGGGCUGCAUCCAGGAGUCCUGCCUGGAAGCUGGAACUGGCAAGGAUUGCUUGAGUGGGCCAGGGAGAAGAGGAAGCCCUGGGGUGAGGAAUGGGUGGCAUUUGCUCUGAGAGAGGUCUUCUUUAGACCUUUGCCCUUCUUCCCCCACCAUCUCCUCCCUUUGGCUGGACAGCCCUGAAUGGUGGGUCGAUAUUGUCUGCAGCCCAAGGCCGAGUUUGCGUAAAACCCAUGUGUCCUUUGGUGAACGUGAUGUCUGUGUUUGCUCAGCUUAUAACCCUCUCCUACCAGGGUAAGAGGUCCCUGAAAUAGGAGACCUAGGAGAGAAAGUCUGAAGGGACCUCCUGAGGGACUGCAAAUCUGAGCUGGGGGGCUUUCUGAGCAACCCAUAGAAGUUAUCCCACCUUUGACUCGAGGAGACCUUCAUCUAAGGAGAAUCUAAGGAGGUCUUCUGGUGUCUCUCCCUCUCCCUUCUGCCACUGUCGCCCCCUCCCAAUCCCCCUUCCCCACCCCAUCUAACUUCCUUCCCUCCAGCUACAGUUUUAGUCACCAGGGCUAAGACUAGCGUAAGGUGAAAUGAGGCACUCACCUUGGGAGCAAAAUUUUAAGGGGAUGGCAAAAAAAGUCAUCAAUCAAGAUAAAUAAGAUUUAAAUGCAGUAUUUUUAAAAAAUCAA